AGGCUCCUCCCCUUUCGCCGCAGUCAGUCACACACAGUUGAGGAAACACCGGGCGCCGAGCGGGCAGUGAGAGCUUUUGUACCGGAGACAGGGGGCGGAGCAUACAGCAAGAGCGGCAUUCCCGGGACUGGUCAGCGGCUUGGGCCGGACACUGAACAUGGCUUCCGGAUCAGACCCCAAAGCGGAUGAUUUAUCCACAGCUAUUCUGAAGCAGAAGAGCCGACCCAAUCGGUUAAUUGUAGAUGAAGCGAUCAAUGAAGACAACAGUGUAGUCUCUCUGUCCCAGGGUAAGAUGGAUGAGCUGCAGCUUUUCCGUGGCGACACGGUCCUUCUGAAAGGAAAGAAAAGGCGAGAAGCUGUGUGCAUCGUCCUGUCUGAUGACACUUGCUCUGAUGAGAAGAUCCGGAUGAACAGGGUGGUCCGUAAUAAUCUGCGCGUCAGGCUUGGGGAUGUCAUCAGCAUUCAGCCAUGCCCAGAUGUGAAGUAUGGUAAACGGAUCCAUGUCUUGCCUCUCGAUGACACAGUGGAAGGAAUCACAGGAAAUCUCUUUGAGGUCUAUCUGAAGCCUUACUUCCUUGAGGCCUACAGGCCCAUCAGAAAAGGUGACAUAUUUCUGGUCAGAGGUGGGAUGCGUGCCGUGGAGUUUAAGGUGGUGGAGACAGAUCCCAGUCCGUACUGUAUAGUCGCUCCAGAUACUGUGAUCCACUGUGAAGGAGAACCCAUUAAACGUGAGGAUGAGGAAGAGUCUCUGAAUGAAGUGGGUUAUGACGAUAUCGGAGGCUGCAGAAAACAGUUGGCACAAAUCAAGGAGAUGGUGGAGCUCCCGCUGAGGCACCCUGCCCUCUUUAAGGCCAUUGGCGUGAAGCCUCCACGUGGUAUCCUGCUGUACGGACCCCCAGGAACUGGAAAAACCCUGAUUGCUCGAGCUGUAGCUAAUGAAACUGGCGCCUUCUUCUUCCUCAUCAAUGGUCCUGAGAUUAUGAGUAAAUUGGCUGGUGAGUCUGAAAGCAACCUGCGCAAAGCCUUCGAGGAAGCAGAGAAGAAUGCCCCCGCCAUUAUCUUUAUUGAUGAACUGGAUGCCAUUGCUCCCAAAAGAGAGAAGACCCAUGGAGAGGUGGAGCGUCGUAUUGUGUCUCAGCUGCUAACCCUUAUGGAUGGUUUAAAACAAAGAGCACAUGUCAUUGUCAUGGCUGCCACCAACCGACCCAACAGCAUUGAUCCAGCACUUCGACGUUUCGGGCGCUUUGACAGAGAGGUUGAUAUCGGAAUUCCUGAUGCUACUGGAAGGCUGGAAAUUCUUCAAAUACACACCAAAAACAUGAAGCUGUCUGAAGACGUGGAUCUAGAACAGGUAGCAAAUGAGACCCAUGGUCAUGUCGGUGCUGAUCUUGCUGCGCUGUGCUCUGAAGCCGCUCUCCAGGCCAUCCGUAAGAAGAUGGACCUCAUAGACUUAGAAGAUGAAACCAUAGAUGCUGAAGUGAUGAAUUCAUUGGCUGUCACUAUGGAUGACUUCAGGUGGGCACUUAGUCAGAGUAACCCAUCAGCACUGCGUGAGACAGUGGUGGAGGUGCCACAGGUUACCUGGGAGGAUAUUGGUGGCUUAGAAGAUGUUAAGAGGGAGCUGCAGGAAUUGGUACAGUAUCCUGUGGAGCAUCCAGACAAAUUUUUGAAGUUCGGCAUGACGCCAUCUAAAGGUGUUCUUUUCUAUGGGCCACCUGGGUGUGGUAAGACUUUGUUAGCCAAGGCCAUUGCCAAUGAGUGCCAGGCCAAUUUUAUCUCCAUCAAGGGCCCUGAGCUGCUCACCAUGUGGUUUGGAGAAUCUGAAGCCAACGUCAGAGAGAUCUUUGAUAAGGCUAGACAGGCCGCUCCAUGUGUCCUCUUCUUUGAUGAACUGGACUCCAUCGCCAAGGCCCGUGGUGGGAAUGUCGGUGAUGGUGGUGGAGCUGCUGACAGAGUCAUCAACCAGAUCUUGACUGAGAUGGAUGGAAUGUCCACCAAAAAGAACGUCUUCAUCAUUGGAGCCACAAACAGACCUGACAUCAUUGACCCCGCCAUCCUGCGUCCUGGCCGUCUGGAUCAGCUCAUCUACAUUCCACUACCUGAUGAGAAGUCCCGCAUUUCCAUCCUAAAGGCCAACCUAAGGAAGUCUCCUGUUGCCAAGGAUGUGGACGUGGAUUUCCUGGCCAAGAUGACCAAUGGUUUUUCUGGUGCUGAUCUGACUGAGAUCUGUCAGCGGGCCUGCAAACUGGCAAUCCGUGAAUCCAUUGAGAAUGAGAUCAGGAGAGAGCGGGAGAGACAGACAAACCCUUCAGCCAUGGAGGUGGAAGAGGAUGACCCUGUACCUGAAAUCCGCCGGGAUCACUUUGAGGAAGCUAUGCGCUUUGCUCGCCGUUCCGUCAGCGAUAACGACAUCAGAAAAUAUGAAAUGUUUGCACAGACUUUGCAGCAAAGCCGCGGCUUUGGAAGUUUCAGAUUCCCCUCCGGAAAUCAGGGAGGAACCGGUCCAAGCCAAGGAGCUGGAGGCAGCGCUGGGGGAAACCACUUUGCUGAAGAAGAGGACGAUCUGUAUGGCUAGAUGGACCCCUCCCCCCAAUGCCGUCCCAACUGUACAGCAAAGAAAUUCCUAGUUGAAUGGACACUCUGUUUUUCAUUACUCAGAACGGAAUAGCUGCGCACCCCACUCCUGCUUUUUUUGUUUUUGAGAAGAGGGGUGCCAGGUCUCUGGAUAAAGGCUCAACUUCUGUCACUGCUCUGAAGGGAACCUUUCAUUAGAUUCACACAGUGAAUUAUUUGCUGUAACACAUAAAACCCUAAUUAAAUAAUGGCAAUGCAGGUGGCUUUCUUCCCCCAGAGCUGUGUAUACACUAAGCUGUCUCCAGGUUUGCCUCUUCCGGCCUGUGAGUGGACAGGGCCGCAGGAUAGGCUCCCAACCAGGACGCACAACACUGCAGGCAGAAAGCUGCUUACUAGGCUGUCUGGGUUAUAGAAUAUCCUUCUUUCCUUUAUAUAUACUGCAUCACUGUGUUUUAUAGCAAACAAUCCAUGGUGUGAAUCUGAUGAAAGAUUCACUUUAAAUAUUGAUGUUAUUGAAUUAAAAAAAAAAAAACGCAGGUUGACGUCUAACGUGAAUAAACUGACUGUUCACUGAUUCUGAUGGCUCUCCUUUUUAUUUCUGUACUCUAGCUUUAAAAGUGACAAACAUGGUGUUCACCAACUGUGCAGGUAUCUACUGUGUAAUACCUUUUCUUUUGAUCUAAGAAAACAUUAAAGGGACAUUUUUUGUAA